AUCAGCCCAUGUCGAAAAUUUUGUAUCAGUGUGUUUACAAGUUAUAAAUAGUUGUUAUAUUUUGAAUGCAUUUAAACUUACUUUAUACACAAAUAUUGAAUUAAUAUUAUUAACUAUAAAAUAAUGUCUCUCAAUAUUAAUGAGUGGACACCCGAGUAUUUUGUUAACAAUCAAACAUCUUGUAAAUCCGUAUUAUCAAAUUGCAAUGCGUUAAAAGAAAUUCCUUUGUUAAACAAUGCACCCUUACAUUGUUUUAAGGAUAAACAACUUGUUAGGUUUCGUGGCAUGAUACAAGAUAUGUAUAAUCCUGAAUACUAUUUUCAAAAAUAUGAGGUUAAAAAUACACAAAGUGGAUAUUGCGACGUUAGAUUUGGAAUGUACAUGGAUUCAGUUUUAUCAUCGCCAAAUGAAGAAAUUAUUUUUAACUCAGAAAAGAAUAUCAGUUCUGAAAGGCAAACAUACGUUGUUAUUUCUACACCGGGUUUAAAUGAUUGGGCAAAAGAAGAAAAUGUUAGUACCAAUAAUUUAAAUAGAAAUGUAAUUAACUAUUAUAAUAUGAAUAAAAGAAGUUUAGAGAAUAAUGAAGUUGAAGAAAUGGAUUGUUCUGAACCAACUAGGAAAAAAGAAAAAUUAUUAACAGACGAGACUAAUGAAACGUAUAAUAACGCUAAAAAUAACAAGGAAAACAAUGGUAUUUUAUCUAAGGAAUAUAUUUUAAAUUUUCCUAUACCAAUUGAUGAUGGUAAAGCUUGCAUCGUGAAGAUCUACGAUGAAACAACACAUUUUAAGUUGAAUCAAGUUGUAGAUAUAAUUGGAUUUAUAUCGCUUGAUCCAGCAUUAAGUUUUAUUAAUAAUUCAGAAGAAAUGGAUGAUGUUGAAAUGAACACUCACAAUCCUCCAGUUUCUCUUGUACCAAGACUUCACGUGGUAAAAAUAACUGUGCUGACAAAACAUGAAAUAGAAAAUGCACCAUUAAUUAUAUCAAGAGCACAGGCAAUUAGAGGAGAUCUGCAUUUAAUUUUAAGUCAAUUGUUAUUUGGUGAUCAAUUGGCUGCUGAUUAUCUCAUUUGUCAUUUAUUAUCUUCUAUAUAUAUGAGGAAAGAUUAUCUUUGUCUUGGUACUUAUCCCUUAAACAUUACUAAUUUUUCUAUUACCAAGUUUAAAGACUUCCCUAAAAAUCUUUACGACUUUUUAAAAUUAUUUAUAAAAAAAAGUCACUUGUUGGAAGUUACAUUAGAAAGUUUAAACGAUAUGACUUUCAUACCAAAGAAAGAUUAUGAGUGCAACAGAUUAACAAGUGGUAUACUUCAAUUAAGUGCUCAUACUCAUCUUGUUAUUGAUGAAACAGGAUUGACCAGCGGUCAAGUUUCACAAGCUGGUAAACAGAACUAUGAUGCUAUUACGAAUUUAGUUACGUUUCAGAAAGUGCCAUAUGAUUUUAAAUAUUAUACGAUGGAUUAUGAUACUGAUAUACCUGUAUUAAUUUUGUCAGAAGCAAAAUCUUUUAUAACCUGUCCAACUCAGGUUGUAUUAAAAGAAGAAUCGGAAAAUCUAUACUUUCAAGUAAUCGAAGCUACUAAGCAAUAUUUGAAGGAUCAAAAUCGAUUGAAUGAUAUUCGCCAUUAUCUUGAAGUUCUAAGGCAUACCGAAUUUGAAUUCAAUGAGGAUGUUACAAAUGUUAUUCAAGAAGACUUCGUACAAAUACGGCAAACGAAUAGAAAUAUAACUGGAGAAAAUUUACAUUCUUUGAUAGUUUUAACAAGACUGAUGUCUUUGUCAUACGGACAAAAUAAACUUACUGUAGAAUGCUGGAAGAGAACAGUUGCUAUGGAAUUAGAAAGAAUUAACAGAUUGCCACAACGUAAUAAAUAAAUGGUAUACAACGUAAGCUGAAGAAGACCACCUAACUAUUUUCUUUAUUUUUAAUGGUAUCAAAAAUGUUUAUGGCAUAAUUCGAUUUGUUUCAAAAGAAUUAUAUCAUGAAGAAAAAUUUUGUUAUUAAGUCAUUUUUGACAAAUGUUUUUAAGGUUGUCGCUAUUUUUUAUCCAGUAAACCUGAAUUUUUUUAUAUUGCACUUUGUAGUAAGUAAAAAAAUAAAUUUUAAAUAUACCUGUG